AUGAAGAUGCAUCCGGAUCGAGCCGUGACAGUCAUGCCACGUGACGAAGCUAUUAAUUUUAUUGGCUACGUUCGCAGACAGGCCAACGGUGGUGACAUGUUCCGACAAAAUGAAAGGUCACCCUACGUUAACGUCUCGGAAUUGGAUGCUCAACUCUUUCUCCAAUUCAACAUGUUUUACAACAAUAAUGGCAAAGCUCAGCGAAUCGUCGGUUUGGGUCAUCCUGACCUCAUACGCCUUCUCAAGAUUCGAGGCGUCUCGUUAUUCAUUGACGCAACCUAUAGCUUCACACCAGCCCCGUUCAAGCAAACACUAAUAGUGAUGGGACAUGACUCAAAGUUUGAAGUGUAUCUUCCGGUACUCUACAUUCUCCUGGAACGCAAGGUUGAAAUGACAUACACAACAGUACUACAUCGUAUCAAGAUGUUGACAGGAAUGAAAUUGUCUCCUGGAAGUGUCACGUGUGACUUCGAAACUGCGCUUAUCAACUGA